UUCAUUACUUUUUUAUAGAUGGGUGCCGAGAUAUACGAUCCUCGAUUGUAUAUCCAUUAUGGCCCAAGGGAUGCGAGUCUCUUAACCGAUCAAGAAGCUCAUCGCUCUCGUGCUAUUUGGGAUAACUAUCCGGAAUCGCUUGUUCCCGUGGUUCAUAAAGGGACCAAUAACUUGCCCGCUUGGCAUCCAAGGUUGGAGCCCUACAUAGCGAGGACCGGUUUGGGAAUGUUGCGCCAUUUCUUGCGGAUCGAGAUCGACAACGAUCUGCUUACGGCAAUGGCGGAACGAUGGCGUCCCGAAACCCAUACAUUCCACCUUCCGGAGGGGGAAAUGACGAUCACCCUCAAAGACGUGGCGAUCCUCACCGGGCUUCCUAUUUCUGGAGAUGCAGUCAUUGGUUCCACGACCAAACCCGAAGGAGGUUGGGGGCCGCUCAUACGUGAUCGUUUGGGCUUCGACAUGCCGACCACCACACCAAUUCAAGGACGGGGGCAUCCACCGUUGAAUGCGGGGCAAGUGUCGGUCCCGUGGCUGGUAUCUCACAUCCAGCAAGAGGUGGAAAUCAAUGACGAGACACCGGAAGAACAAGUCGAGCGCUACGCCCGCAUCUAC